CGAUUAAUUUUGCAGGAGUGUGAACUACGUUCAUUUAGUUUAUAAAGUAUAUAUUCAUAAAAUAAUUUUUAGUAUUGGUAAUAAACAAAGAAUUUAGCUAAAUAAUACGAAAAAUUACGAAGACGAUAUGCUGGAUUGUGCUUUUGUAACACCGAUAUCUCUAUCGAACCAAUAAACCUCAGUGAAUAGAGAGGUUAUUUGCGAAAUGGAGUUUAAUGAAUUAAUUUUAGCAAGUAUUUCCGUUAUUAUAUGGCACCAUCAAUUAAUAUUAGAAUGGAAACGACGAAAAGAAAGACGAGAACAUCGUAAAAGAAGGAGAUGGUGGAUUCGUCCCAUAAAUCAAUUUAAAGUUCAACAAGGUUAUCAGACAAAUCUUGUAAGAGAAAUGGAGACGCAAGACCAUGAUGUAUUUUUUCAAAAUUUUCGCAUGUGGCCAGAGCAUUUUAAUUGGCUACUUAAUCAAGUGCAAGAUAAAUUAUUAAAGCGAAGCAGGAGGACUCCAUUGUGUCUUAAACUGCGUUUACAGGUGACACUCUUAUAUCUGGCUCUAGGAGACUCUAUUUUAAGUAAAUAUACUGAGUUUCGCAUAGGGAGAUCAACAGUGUACACGAUAAUCCUUGAGACCUGCCAAGCAAUUUGAGAAGCAUUACAACCAACUUUUCUCCCAACUAUGGAUAAAAAUUCAUGGAAUACAGUGGCACAGGGAUUUAUGGAUAAAUGGCAGUUCCCUAAUUGCGUCGGUGCCAUUGAUGGGAAACACAUACGCAUUAAAGCCCCUCCUAUGUCAGGAUCCCAAUUUUACAAUUAUAAAGGAUUUUUAGCAUGGUAAUUAUGGCUGCUUGCGAUGGAGAAUAUAAGUUUACAUGGGUGGAUAUUGGGCAGUACAGUAUGUAAUCAUAGCAGUAUAUCUCAUAAUCUAAAUAUAUAGUUAUAGUGCAUGUAGAAAUGCAUG